UCCCAUCAAUGUGACCUUGCAUCUUUCACAUACUAUGGAUCUAACACUGUAGGGCUACACAAAUAGAUAAUUUUCCUGGGCGCGUGUUCCAAAGGAGUUGUCCGCUUCUAGAAGGGACUCGGAGUUGCGAAAUCAACGUCCGGCAAAUCUUCGCCGUUGUUCAUUCACUUCGCAAGUUUAGAAGUGACUAGCAAAGAUGGAGGUAUUUCAGGUCCUUAGAAACUCCCUCUGGGCCUGUCUCCUCCCAGCUUCUACGGCUCUCCAUGGAAUCCUCCCAUACUCAGCCCGAGAACGCUUUCUGAGCGCUUUGGGCAUUGUGACGUAUGUCUCCUUGAUACCUUCUGCGCCUCCUAGCUUUCCGAGUUCUGGUAAUGGUCUCUGGUAUACUGCACCUGGGACAAUCUGGGUUCAAGAAUUUUUACCCAUUGGCAAUGGGUACUUGGGUGCGAUGUUGCCUGGUGGUACUAGCCAAGAGGUCACACAACUCAACAUCGAGUCCCUGUGGUCGGGAGGUCCCUUCCAGGAUCCCUCGUACAAUGGGGGCAAUCAUAUGCCUUCCCAGCAGUCCAAAAUAGCCGGGAAGAUGCAGAACAUUCGCGAAGCUAUUUUUUCUAGUCCUACAGGGACGAUUGACAAUAUCGAUGAGAUUAUGACACCUGGUGACACAUAUGGUUCAUACGCCAGCGCGGGACACUUGGUCGCAACGUUGGAUUCAACUGGCCCGGUUUCGAAGUAUGCAAGGUGGUUGGACCUGGAUGAAGCAGUGUCUCGUACUACCUGGUCUGAUGGGAGUACUACUUUUCUCCGGGAAUCCUUUUGCUCCCACCCUCUUCAAGCAUGUGUACAAUACCUGAACAGUACGACUUCUCACGUCCUUCCAGCUGUGACUUACGCCUACACUGUUGCCGGGGUCGAUGGCCUUCCGGCUCCGAAUGUUACCUGCUUGGAUGACAGAACGCUGAGCAUUAGGAACUACGUCUCCAUCCCCGGUAUGCUUUAUGAGAUUCUCGCGCAAGCGCAGGCACCUGGCGGGUUGGUCUCGUGUUCUGCGGUAUCUGGGGCAUCUCCACCUAAUGCUACUUUGACCGUCCUUGGUGCAUCUGAGGUGUGGAUCAGUUGGGUCGGGGGAACGAACUACGACAUGGCUGCUGGAAACGCAGCUGCCAAUUACUCCUUCCAAGGACCAGAUCCACACAACAAUCUUGUCACGUUGCUUUCGUCUGCUAAUCGUACAUCUUACGCUGAGAUGUUGAAUGAGCAUAUUAAAGAUUAUACCUCCCUCGUUACCCCUUUCUCGCUUUCCUUUGGGCAGACUCCGAAUCUCAAUACACCCACUGAUCAAAUUCUCGCUGGAUAUCGGACUUCUGUUGGGGACGCUUACUUGGAAUGGGUUCUGUUCAACUAUGGAAGAUACCUCCUAGCCAGCAGCGCUAGAGGCACCCUGCCUGCAAAUUUACAGGGUUUAUGGGCUGAUGGGUAUUCGAACCCUUGGGGCGCUGAUUAUCAUUCUAAUAUCAACAUCCAAAUGAACUAUUGGGCUGCCGAAAUGUCUAAUCUAGAUGUGACUCGGUCACUCUUUGACUAUAUUGAGAAUACGUGGGGACCCCGCGGGGCGUACACUGCUCAGGUUCUGUACAACAUUAGCAAAGGAUUUGUGACACACGGUGAAAUGAAUAUCUUCGGCCAUACUGGUAUGAAGCUUGGCGGGAACUCUGCCCAGUGGGCCAAUUAUCCAGAAUCUAAUGCUUGGAUGAUGAUACAUGCAUGGGAUCAUUUUGACCACACCAAUGAUGUACAAUGGUGGAAGACUCAAGGAUGGCCGCUAGUCAAGUCCGUUGCCAGCUUUCAUCUAGAGAAGCUCAUCGAGGACUUGCACUUCAAUGAUUCGACCCUUGUUACCGCACCUUGCAAUUCACCAGAGCAGGUCCCUAUUACUCUCGGUUGCGCACAUGCUCAGCAGCUGAUCUGGCAGCUCUUCAAUACAAUCGAAAACGGUUUCGAGGCAGCUGGUGAUACAGACACUGCAUUUCUAGAUGCGGUUAUUUCCAAACGGCAGCAGAUGGACAAAGGGCUGCGUAUCGGACGAUGGGGUCAACUGCAAGAGUGGAAAGUCGAUAUGGAUAUGCCGGACGACACUCACAGGCAUCUUAGUCAUCUGAUUGGCUUAUACCCCGGCUAUGCGAUAGCAUCUUAUUCCCCUGAGUUGCAAGGUGGUCUUACUGUCAACGGGACCUUCAUGCAUUAUACCAAAGAACAAAUUUUGAGCGCUGCGAAAACUAGUCUGUUUCAUAGAGGCAUUGGAAGGGGCCCUGAUGCGGAUGCAGGAUGGGAGAAAGUCUGGAGGGCUGCGGCGUGGGCGCAGCUUGCUAACGAGACUGAAUUUUACAAGGAACUUACUCACACCAUCGAGAGCAAUUUUGCUCCCAACCUCUUUUCCCUGUAUACCUCUGAUGGAAUCUUCCAGAUCGAUGCAAAUUUGGGAUAUCCUGCCGCUGUUUUGAAUGCACUGCUACAAGCCCCUGACAUUGCGAACAUCAACGUUCCACUCCAGGUUACGCUUCUACCCGCUCUUCCUCUGACGUGGUCGACUGGCGAAAUGAAGGGCGCGCGCAUACGUGGGGGGAUCACUCUCGAUUUUGCCUGGAAUGAUGGCAGGCCAACGACAGCAACCUUUACCGUCGAUCAGAACGUUGCAGGUAGGGAGAGAGAUGUGAUAGUGAAUUAUGGUGGGCGGGUUGUAGCACAGUUUAGGAGCAAUGGGGGAUACAGCCAAACCGUUUCUUCAUUUUAAGAACGUCAAUCUGAAUUCUGAUUAAAGGACGAAUUUCUUGUAAUCGUGUACUAUUAUUAUAAUGAGAUACGUCAUCAAUGACUUCGCCGC